ACUGCUAUGGCGACGCGCAUUUCCGGAAGUGCCUUGAUCUCGCCUCGCGAGAUCUUUCUCAGCUAUUGGAAGACUGGUAAAAAAAAAGUAGCUCGAUAGAAAGCUGGUAAAAAUGUUCUUGAUUUAUCGAUAAAUAAAGUUCGAUGCUACAAGCGAAAUUAUAAUUUUACAUUCGUACUUCUCAAGUAUAGUAUAGUCUUGCAAGCAACGGAGUAUUUGACAGAACGAAACGGAAGGGAAAUUGAAGAAUUGAAACAUGGUACUUUUAUGCAUUCUGUGUCACGCAAAUGAAUAUCCGGACACAAAACAAUCGAGACCGGGCGACGUCGAUUCGACAACGGAAUCUAACGAACCCCCGGAAGGAUAUUACGCCUUUGUGAAGUCACCGAAUGCGGAACCGCCUAAAGUGAGGCCUCCACCUUACAUAGACAGCGACAAAGAAUGCUACGACACCGGUAAGCAGGGAAAAGGUUACGUCUCGAUACACAAUAUUUGUGGGGAUCUCAACAAGGGUUAUAUCCCGCGAAAUCCUAUGAAUCAAUACUUCAACGGCUCGUCGUAUCCUUUCGCACUAUUGAAAAAUCACACGUUGAAAUUUCUGAGCAAAGCGUUGCCUAUACUCAAGGCCGACGAUUCAUUGCCGAAGGUCGCCACGGUUCAGUCCUAUUUCCAAAAUUCCGUCGACACCGGCGAGAAACGAAGCAGAAGCAAACGAUCGUCCGAUUCAGAAAGCGCGUUGGACAGUCUGCGAAACGGUCGUAAAUUCUGCGAAAAUGGCGCAGGAGUGGUGUGUAUGCUGUACAAGGCUAUACAAGGCGAGCCAUUGGCUACCUCGGCGGCUGAACGCCGUGACGAGCCCUCCACGCCCGAGUAUCGUCAACGAACACCGCCGCAAGAGAAGCCAGAGUACACCGGUCCACCCACUCCUUGUCCAGCCAAAGUGGAGUACGCGACACCGGUGUUCGCCAAGAACUAUCAAGGAGUUUGGCGCUACGUAGUCCAAAUCCCUUACGAGGGUUACUUCACGCAGACUAUCGAAGUAACCAGAUGCAUGCAGUCGAGGUGUCAUUAUCUGGAUGGUGGCUGCCUGUCGUCGCCAAGAUGGACUAGUCUUCUAGUAGCGGAGAUAUUCUAUCCGGACACGUUCCUGGAGGAGAGUCAAAACUCGAGAAUUACCGGCCUGAAGGACGCCGCUGGUUCACCGCCCCCCGUUCACGAUUUCCAGAAUUACCAGCAAUACCUGCAGAAACGCGCCGGCGAGAACGAGGCUCGCAACAGUGGAUCCCAGCAUCAUUGCGACGGCGUCGACGAGAUGGGUUGCUUCCAGGUAAGACUGUACUACGAUUGGUUCCUGGUGCCGGGAAGCUGCAAGUGUUGGCGCCCCGAUUACUUCAAUCGCUACGUCCGUCGAAGUGGAUCUAACGUUGAAUUGUGAUGGCGGUAUCGCAUGUCAGAUCGCGUGGAUGAGCAAUUGGACACGCUCGCGAUACGCUCGGAUCGAUAAGCCUAUCAGAUUUGACCUCGAUGUCUCGAUCGAUCGAUCUGUUGUCUGUUGUCGACAAGUGUUUCGCAUAAUAAAGGAUGGGCCAAAAAUCACUUCUUACUGGCGAUUUAAAUCUAAUCUAAAAUUAAUAAAAUUUUUCUUAUAUUUUGAUGUUUUAUUAAAAAAAAAAAAAAAAA